AUGAUGGCGAGUGCCCCCAUGGCGGGCGACUACCAAACACGCUCCGCCGCAAUCUCUGAAAAGAUGAACACGGUGCAACUUCGUCGCCGAAUUGUCGAGGAUCUUCGCCGAAGGGCAGAGUCCCUCUCCGGCCAGCUCAGGCAGAGGCAGCAAGACCUGCAACGUUUAAUCGAUGAGUUCACCCAGAAGAAAGCCUCACAGGAGGCCAAAAUCAGUGAAAAGAGAAGGUGCGAAUUGGGGCAAAAGGAGCUCUUGGAUUCACUUCUAAAGGAAGAGGAACGUCUGACCAACGUUCAAAAAGAUUACGCGGAGAGCAUUGGGAAACUCCAGCAGGAAGUAGCGCAACGACAGGCCACAGUCGGGAAGGUGAGCCAGGCGCGUGAGGAACUUACGCGCGUUAAGAUGAUGCUGGAAGAAAAAGACAGGGAAAUUCUUGCACUAGAGAGAAAUGUAGAAAAGGUGCGCUUAAAUGCCAAGCGGCGCCACGAGCAGUUCGAGAUGCAGUUACCUGACGUUACCUUACCGUGCUUGGGGGAGGUGGAACGAGGGGGACUUGAGGAAACCGCAAGUGAGAGUAUUUUACUCAUUGGUGACCCCAGUUGA